AUGUCAGUGUUAUCACGCUUGACAUCUUGGGUUUCUCGAAAUGCUCAUACACGACCACGAUCAAUUUCUGCCUCUCCAUUUGCGUUUUCCGUCCGCACUAUCACGCAUGACAUCACCCGCCCUCGCGUCAUUCAGCGAAAACCAACGACUCCAUCGAAUCGCCAUACCGCUUUGACCGACAGGUCUGGUCUCUACAAAGGUCGCCCUCAUCCUCGUCUCUCAGUCGGGUUACCACGCCGCGCCGGUCGCUCCAGAACGACCGGCCGCAUAACGGUUCGCCAUAAGGGUGGCGGAAACAAGCGAAUGUACAGAAUAAUCGAUUUCAAACGCACAGCCUGGGAGUCAAUCCCUGGCAUCGUGGAGAGAAUCGAAUACGAUCCAAACAGAUCCGCGCUUAUCGCACUGGUAAGACACAAGACAAAGUGCAAGGCCGUUCCAAAGAAAGUCAGGCCUGACCGCUAUGCCUACAUUAUCUGCCCAGCAGGGCUGCAGAUUGGGCAAGAGGUCAUCGCCAGUCGAUCGACGAGGGUCGACGUCAAGACUGGCAAUGCAAUGACCCUCCGCUUUGUUCCAGUGGGCACUAAGGUCCACAAUAUUGAACUGAGACCUGGAUAUGGUGCCCAGAUGUGCCGAUCCGCAGGUACCAGUGCACAGGUUCUUGAGCGCGACGAAGGUCGCGGGCUUGCUUUGCUACGGCUUCAGAGCAAGGAACAAAGACUUGUAAGGUUGCAGUGUAUGGUUUCGAUAGGCGAAGUGUCAAACCCGGAGCACAAGAAUCAAAGCUUUGGGAAAGCCGGGCGAAUGAGGUGGAAGGGCAUUAGGCCAACAGUGAGGGGUGUCGCCAUGAACCCAAUCGAUCAUCCCCAUGGUGGUGGGGAAGGUAAAACUUCCGGAGGAAGACCAUCUGUUUCUAAAUGGGGUAAACCCACUAAGGGUUAUAGAACCAGGUCGAAAAAGAAGAAGAAUCCACAUAUUGUCAAGCGACGUUUUGAAAGAUAA